AUGUGACUGCGAUGACUACCAUAAGCUGCAAACGAGAAAUGACUGGAUUUAAACGUAUAAAAGUAAUCCCUAGAUUAUUGAAAUUACGCAAAAAAACUCCAUUGAUGAUUCUGUUUACAAUGUGUUUGUUGCUGUUUGUAAAUGAAAGAAACUUACUUGAUAGAAUUCAGCAACGAAUAUUCAGCAAUGGUAUGACGCUGAUAAAAUACAAUGGAAAAUAUAUCUCAACUGAGUUUGAACAUUUUUAUAUGAAUGUAUCACCAGAUAAGCUGAUGGACCCUCUUAUUCACAAACAUCAAUAUAGUACACUUCUAAAUACUGGUAAGGAAUGUAAAGAACAAGAUACGUUCCUGUUAGUUCUAGUUUAUUCGGCUACUUAUAAAUUUGACGGACGUCAGCUAAUAAGGAAUACAUUUGGAUCGAUCUCCCAUUUUGCCAAUAGAGAUAUUGAAUAUGUCUUUGUGCUAGGGCAAACCAAUAAUGAUACACUGCAAGGACAAAUUGAAAAGGAAAGUGUCAGAUACAGGGAUAUUAUACAAGGGAAUUUUAUUGACAGCUACAAAAAUUUAACAUACAAAAGAGUAUUCAGCUUGUUCUGGGUAAAUAAAUUCUGUAAAGAUGCCAUUUAUGUCAUCAAAAUUGACGAUGAUAUCACUAUUAACAUUCCAUUUCUAAUUCCUUACUUAAACAAUAAGAUAAUUCAGAACAAGACAAAUGUUUUAGAAUGUUUUACCGUUUUUGGAUCUAUGCCGUACCGUGAACCUCGUAGCAAAUGGUAUACGCCUCUCUCAGACUAUCGGUUUCCAACGUUUCCUCCUUUUUGUGCAGGACCCUCAUCCAUUAUGGCCAUUAAUGUAAUUAGACAAAUGUAUGAAGCGACGCGAAUUGUGCCUUUUUUGUGGCUUGAAGAUGUCUAUGGAAGCGGAUUUAUUCCCUGGAUUUUAAAAAUAGAAAUAGUUCAGCCGAAUUGUUAUUUAAAGGAAGUGCAGCAAAGUUUCAAUGAAAAGCCAUGCCAUUUGUUUUACAUAAAUAAUUUAAAGAAUGCAAGUUAUUCACAUAAAAUGUGGAAAACUAUAGAAACACAUAACAAGUUUAAGCAAAACCAUCAUUGCAAGUGUUGGUAAAAUGAUGUUUAAUUUUAAACACCAGUUAAAUCGUAUCCCCUUCCAAAACGAAGAAAAUAAAUACAUAACCUUGCAAUUGAGAGCAAAGACAUCAUUCUAUUGGAGAUGGAUUGUACACUGAAAUUUCCGAAUAUAAAGGAUGAAAAUUACUGUGCCAAUACAAUUAUUUUCUCUUCUUAUCCUUUUUGUAUAUCAUUUUUGUUUAAUUUUUAUUGUUGUCAUCUACUAUAUUUUUUGUUUGUUUUUAUCUUAUUUGUUGCUUUUUAAGAAUUUAAAUUUUGUUUUCUUCUAGGCAUUAUAAUAAUGCAAUAAACAUCACAAAUAGCUUAUAAUUCAACGCAACUGUUGUAAUAAUAAUAAAUAUUUAACAUGUCAA